ACCACCAUCUUUUACUCUAAUCUAUACAACAAACUAUAUAACUCAUCUUUCUCGUGUUCCUCUCAACUCACCUCUUAUAACCGCCACAACAACUUUCCCUCCGUUUCUCAUAACCUCUUCUCCACGUGUCAUUCUUCUAUUCGCCUCCUUAUAUCACCGCCAACUACCGCUACACCAUCACCGGCCACCACACUAUAUACAUAAAUAAUUCCCUCCAUAAUUGUUAAGAUUAUUACAUUAUUAUUAUCAUAUACUAAUUCAUAGUUAAUGGAGAAGAAAAUGACUCAGUUGGGAAAGAGAACAAGAAGAUCUCAAGCUGCAGAAAUAUUUUCCGAUGAACCUCCUCCGUCAACCAAAAAAAUUAAUACUACCACGGCGAACAUAUUCUCGCUUUAUCCACUAUUCGCUCCUCCUGUUGAGGAAUGCUACUCCAGUAUCACCGAGGAAUCCUCCUCCGCAUCAAGUUGUUCCAGUAACAAACUCUCUGAUACAGAGGUUGAGAGUACGCAAGUUGAAACGUUGAAGUUCAACGGUGAUCAAAUUAUAAGGAGAAGAGAGAUGGGUUUGUUAAGCGAAGUGGUUGGAACGAAUUGUACAGAGCAAGAGGAAGAAGAAGUUGAUUCAGCUGAGAAUAAGCUGCAAAAGAUGCCAACAGAAGCUGAACUUGAUGAAUUUUUCUCUGUAGCUGAAAAAGAUGUUCAGAAACAGUUUCAAAACAAGUAUAAUUUCGAUAUUGUGAAGGACAUGCCUUUGGAAGGACGUUAUGAGUGGGUUCAAUUAAAGCCAUAAAAUUCCCCUUUUAGCUAUAUUGGAAGAAACACGGUUGAUUUUAUAUAUAUGCAGUUAAAAUUAAAUUUUCCACUUGCUGACAUUAUUCUUAGGUUCAAUUUACUUUAGGUAGAAUUUGAUUUCAAUUCAGAGUCCUAUCUUUCUUCAUGGAAGUACUCUUUUAUUGGUUUUGUACAGCUUUGUUUUCAAUCAUGUCCUAGUAAUUAAGGACUUGGUUC